AUAAAUGGGAGAGGACGGGCUCGAUGUGCGAUUAGAUUUAGCGCCAAAGACCACGCGACACGACGCGAUGCCGGUAGAUGAGUUGGCGGAAUUGGCCAGUCGUGCAUGUAUAUUUGCUGUCUCAUUGUCUCAACGGGUGCUGGACACGGAUUCUUCACCAGAAGUAAGAUGAUUGGUGGGAAGCGAUGAGAAGCACAAUCUUAACGUUACGUAAAUGUUUGUUCGAUCACUUACAUCCUCUCCGGUGUUGUUUACUAGGAAGACAAAACAGGUUAUCAUGUGCGACGCAUCUUCUCGCAGAAGAUGGUAAUACGUUGUGUUAGUCAAUGGAGAUACACCUGAUGGUAAGCACAACCCCACAGGAACAGUCCAAAUAAGUUCGGAGCGGUCCAGCGGAAGUUCGGAGUGCGAGUGAGUCAACGCGUGGUGUAUCACUGCAACUGGAGCGUGCCGUGCCGGAUUCCUUAAAAGGAAUUAUGGCAAUUCGAUAAGACAUCUAAACGGUUGCUCAAGGAAACGGCGCUCAUCGGCUUUUUUGUCCGCAGCAAGCCACGUUACUGUUUGAUAAGCGGAAGCACCCUAUCAUGAACUGUAAGGGUUCGUGUGCGGGUCGCCGACCAUGAGUGAUCGGGCUAGUGAUUAGAUAAAUUCGUACUCCCGCGCACACCUACGAAGGUGCGCGUUGAUUGUUGCUUGUGGUUCUUCUUACGGUGCUCCGGCAGUGGCCGUUGUCAAUAUAAUUCUCUGACGUUCGCUCGAAUCGAGCCAGUUGGAGCGAUUGAAGGCAAAGCGAAGGAACAUCACUCUUGGGCACAUUGCUCUGCAGUAUUCCGUGCGCGUGUAUAGUGUUUAUGUGUGAUCGUAUUGACAGCAGCAGCAGCAGCAACAACAAUGGUACAAGAAACGCAUACGACAGCUGGAGAAGAGACUGCAGUGGCAGCUUCUGUGGUGUCUGAGGUGUUGGAGGAAUCCGUGUCUGCCAUUGAGGAGUCGGAAGUACACCAGAAUGGUCACGUAACAGCUGAAGAGAAGAGCGCUGAACCAACGCCUCAAGCCAAAUCCGUUCCGCAAACCGGUCAUGUCGAGUCCUCCAAAGUUCUACCUCAGUAUCUCUAUGACGCCAUGGAUCAGGUAGCUCGAGAGCAAGGAUUCACCGAGGGGAAGUACAAGCUCAACUUUGAUGUCGGCUCAAAUAAGGGCGAUGGUUUUGUGGGCGAAAUGUUCAAGGCCCAUCUCGUCGAAGGAGACCGCCGGGAGGUGUACCUGUGCAAGAUCCCACCCAUAAACGAGGCCCGCCGGAAACAGUUCCCAUCGCUAUUGAUCUUUGCCCGAGAAACGCUAGCCUACAGCAAGUUCCUACCACAAAUGUUUGCGUAUCAACGGGAGAAGGGCAUCAGCGAAGCGGAUGGAUUCUUUAACGCGCCCAAGUGCUACCAUACUUACUGUAACGAGGAGACUGAGGAAUCGAUCAUCAUUAUGGAAGAUUUGCGCCUUCAGAGCUAUCGAAUGUGGGACAAAAUGAAGACGGUCAACUAUGAGCAUGCUCGGUUGGUGAUGGAACAGCUUGGUCGACUGCAUGCCGUGUCGUUGGCACUGAAGCGCGAUAAACCGGAGGAGUUCGAGCAUUUCAAGGUGCCGGAUCCGAUACACGUGAUGAUGCCAGAAAACAGUCCGUUCGAAAUGAUAAUGAAAAAGAUGAUUGCAGACGCGAUCGAGACGCUCGAACCGGCUGACACGAAAGAGCGGAGCAAAAUGCAGCAUCUGCUUGAGAACUUCCGCCAGGAGAUGCUGCGGUGCUCCAAUAGCGACCUAGCGGAACCGUACACAGUGCUCGGUCAUGGUGAUUGUUGGGUUAACAACAUGAUGUAUCGCUAUAAGAACGGUGUUCCUGAGAGGAUUGUGCUUCUGGACUGGCAGAUAGCACGCUAUGUAACCCCCGUGCUGGAUCUGGCUUACUUCAUCUUCUGCGGAACAAAUGAAGAAUUCCGACGACGGCAUUAUGACGAGAUGAUGGCCCUCUACUACAACUCACUGGCGACACUGCUCGAGAAACUGGGACACAAUCCGCAGGAGGUGUUCCCGCGCACCGCUCUGAUGCGCCAGCUGCGUACAUUUGGCCGGUUCGGGGUGUUGAUGGCCGUCUUUUUGGUGCCCAUGCUAUGCACUCGCAACGAGGAUCUGGUGGAUAUGGAUGAGGCGGCUGAAAAAUAUCGCGAUGGAGAGGAGAUGGAUAUUGGCAUGCUAACGAAGAAUGCCAACCAGAAAGAUUACGCCGUGCGUAUGCGCGGAGUGAUAAAGGACAUUGUCAGAUACGGGUAUCUGUAAGCGAAACUUUGACUUUUGCUUCAGUUGCUUCAAAAGAGGGAGGAUGCGUAUAGCGCAUCGGAAGCAAAGGUUUUCGUCAUCUCACUGCGUUUGCGGUAGACUCUGCUGUCUUAUCACCGUUCUGCGAGGCUAUUCGACUCGCUGAAGGCUUGCGACACAGUCAGAUAAGUUCUGAUAAGCUUGGAGCACCCUAUCGCAAGCAUUUGGUUAGCGUGAUGAUGUCUUAUUAAAGAUUGGAACUGCGCAAUAAGGCAGUUACGAUACACUUUAAAUGUAAAUACAGAACUAGUUGAUAGAGUGUUUCUUUUCGAAUUGAAACGUUAAA